CGGGGGCCCGGCCGGCGCGCUCCCCUCCCGCUGGCGCCAGCUCCGACAUCCCGGGGAUUGCUACUUCUCUGCCAACUUCGCCAACUCGCUGGCACUUGGAGUGGCCCCGCUCCCCUCCCAGCGCCCUUCGGCUGCCCCCGCCCCGCGCCCUCUCCGACGAUCGCCUCUCCGAUGACCGGGUUCCAGCGGAGCUGAGAGAGCCGCCUACUCUGCCGGGCUUCAGCUUUGGCCGCGGCUGCGGCGCUAGCGAUGCGUCCCCAGUGCUCCCCGGCCUGGCCCACAGCCCCGUGGCCGCUCUGCUGACCACCCAGUCCCACGCCCCGACGGUGGGAAGUUGCGGCCGCUGCAGUGGCAAGCCCGAGCCAGCUCCGAGGAGCCGCCGGGAGCUCAGCGCGGCGCUCCCUGACCUCGCGCGCCCUGCAGCAGCCGGGCGCCCACUCACUCUCCCUCCCCCACCGUCCCUCCCUUUUCUCCUCAAGUCCUGAAGUUGAGUUUGCGAGGUGACACGGCGGCGGCGGCCGCGCUGCUCCCGCUCCUCUGCCUCCCCAUGGAUAUGCACUGCAAAGCAGACCCCUUCUCCGCGAUGCACCCAGGGCACGGGGGUGUGAACCAGCUCGGGGGGGUGUUUGUGAACGGCCGGCCCCUACCCGACGUGGUGAGGCAGCGCAUCGUGGAGCUGGCCCACCAGGGUGUGCGGCCCUGUGACAUCUCCCGGCAGCUGCGGGUCAGCCACGGCUGUGUCAGCAAAAUCCUGGGCAGGUACUACGAGACUGGCAGCAUCAAGCCUGGUGUGAUCGGUGGCUCCAAGCCCAAAGUGGCAACACCCAAAGUGGUAGACAAGAUUGCUGAAUACAAGCGACAGAACCCCACUAUGUUUGCAUGGGAGAUCCGAGACCGGCUCCUAGCAGAGGGCAUCUGCGACAAUGACACCGUACCCAGCGUCUCUUCCAUCAACAGAAUCAUCCGGACCAAAGUUCAGCAGCCUUUCCAUCCAACACCAGAUGGGGCUGGGACAGGAGUGACUGCCCCUGGCCACACCAUCGUUCCCAGCACGGCCUCCCCUCCUGUCUCCAGCGCCUCCAAUGACCCAGUGGGAUCCUACUCCAUUAACGGGAUCCUGGGGAUUCCUCGCUCCAAUGGUGAGAAGAGGAAACGUGAUGAAGAUGUGUCUGAGGGCUCAGUCCCCAAUGGAGACUCCCAGAGUGGUGUGGACAGUUUGCGGAAGCACUUGAGAGCUGACACCUUCACCCAGCAGCAGCUGGAGGCUUUGGAUCGGGUGUUUGAGCGUCCUUCUUACCCUGACGUCUUCCAGGCAUCAGAGCACAUCAAAUCAGAACAGGGGAAUGAGUACUCCCUCCCAGCCCUGACCCCUGGGCUUGAUGAAGUCAAGUCGAGUCUAUCUGCAUCCACCAACCCUGAGCUGGGCAACAACGUGUCAGGCACGCAGACAUACCCCGUUGUGACCGGUCGUGACAUGGCGAGCACCACUCUGCCUGGUUACCCCCCUCACGUGCCCCCCACUGGCCAGGGAAGCUACCCCACCUCCACCCUGGCAGGAAUGGUGCCUGAGGCUGCAGUUGGUCCCUCAUCCUCCCUCGUUAGCAAUCCAGGGAGAAAGCUUACAGAAGUGCCCCCUUGUGUGCAACCCACUGGAGCGAGUUCUCCGGCAACCCGUACAGCCACCCCCAGUACACGGCCUACAACGAGGCUUGGAGAUUCAGCAACCCCGCCUUACUAAGUUCCCCUUAUUAUUAUAGUGCCGCCCCCCGGGGCUCCGCCCCUGCCGCUGCUGCCGCUGCCUAUGACCGCCACUAGUUACCGCGGGGACCACAUCAAGCUUCAGGCCGACAGCUUCGGCCUCCACAUCGUCCCCGUCUGACCGCCCACCCCGGAGGGAGGGAGGACCGACGCGACGCGAUGCCUCCCGGCCACCACCCUAGCCCUACCCAUGUCCCAGGACCCCCACAUCCCUUCACAUCACCCCGUCAAAGGCCGGACAGGACGGGUGGAGCCGCGGGCGGGACCCUCAGGCCCGGGCCCGCAGCCCCCAACCCCGCCCACCGCCCCUCCCCGCCUGCCUGGACUGUGCGGCGGUACUCGGCCUCCCUCGACUGGCCUCGAAGCCGGCCUGCCUCCCAGCAGACUCGCGCCUGGCCCGCGGGGGCGCACGCCCCAAACAUUUCUGUGACACACAAUCAGCGCGGACUGCAGAGCAGCCCAGCUCGGGAGCAAGCCAGCAUCGGCCGCUAGGGCACCAGGAGCUUCGCCGGAAGGGCAGGGCAAAGGAAAUUAAGAACAAAAUGACAUUUUGCAGGAGGAAGAGCCCCUUGUCGAACCCUUUGGCAAAAUGCCCUACCCCUUGCAGCCAGCCGUUCUGCCCCCGCCUUCUGGGUGUGCCCUGCCUAAGAAGGCCAAAUGGGUGCACACGGGUUGGGCUCUAGGAACCGGCUUUGAGGGCAACAGGCCUUUCCAAGGUUGGGACACAAGGAGAGCCGGCCCCAGCAGCCCGCACCUGCCAAACCCAACGUCUGGCUCUUACCUGCUCCGCCUGGACUGCCUAGUUUCCCAGGGCCCAGCCACCUCCUACCAUCUGACCCGACUCUCAGUCCUGCCUUGCCCUUACCUCAGCGUCUCUUCCACCUGCUGGCCUCCCAGAUUCCCCUCCUGCCCCUUCUUUGCCCAUCCCAAGACGCCCUGCACUCCUCCCUCCCUAACUCGCCGCCCCAUCCGACGCUCUCCCGGGCCGUGGCAGAAUCAGUUUCCGAAGGCCGCGAACACUAGUCAUCCCCAACCAGUUACUUGACGCCCCCCUCCCCCGACACAGACUCUCUCGAUCUGCCAGUGGUGGGAGUCGCUUCUGAGCUGGCGUUGAGCUGCCGCAGGUUGGAAGCGGGAGGCUACCCACUCCUCACCACCACCUCCCAGCCUCCUCCUCCGGCAGGAACUGAACAGAACCACAAAAAGUCUACAUUUAUUUAAUAUGAUGGUCUUUGCAAAAAGGAACAAAACACAAAAAUCCCACAGGCUGCUGCUUUGUAGAAAGACGGUGUGUGUGGUGUGAAGGCGAACCCCUGUGUAUAUAACCCCUCCCCCUCCGCCCGGUCCCGCCCCGCCCUAUAGAGUCCCGGUCGCCCGCCAGCCUUGCCUGUAGAUACGCCCUGCUGUCUGUGCUGUCAGAGUCGCCGCUCGCUGGGGGGGAGGGAGGGUCACAGCUACACGCCCACUAAAGCACAGCACGUCCUGGGGGAGGGGGGCAUUUUUUAUGUUACUAAAAAAUUACGAAAGAAAUCUCUAUGCAAAAUGACGAACAUGGUCCUGUGGACUCCUCUCGCCUAUUUUGUUAGCUAAUUCUCUGUAAUUCCGCGUUUUCGCUUUUUCCUCCUGGCAUCUCUCCGCUCUCUUCAUCUCCCCUGUCUGCUUCUUUCGCCCUCUGUCUCUGUCUCUCUCCGUCUCUGUCUCUUUUGUCUUUCUGUCUCUGCUGCUUCCUCGGCCUCUCUCCCCAACCCUGCCUGGCCGCCCUGUGGGCAGCCCUGUCCUCGCAGGCUACAUCAGAGGCGGCAGCUCUAGCCCCCUGGGCUCGCUCCCUCGAGGCCGUGCCCCGCGCGUGCUGGGCGGCCGGGCCGCCCUGUCCCGCCCCGUAGUUGCUCUCUCGGUAGCGGCGAUGCGCCCUGCAUGUCUCCUCACCCGUGGAUCGUGACGACUCGAAAUAACAGAAACAAAGUCAAUAAAAGUGAAAAUAAAUAAAUAAAUAAAAAUCCUUGAACAAAUCCGAAAAGGCUUGUAGUCCUCACCCAGAUCUCUCUCCCCUUGGAGCCUUUUUAUUUAAAAAGGAAAAGGAGAAAAGAGAAUAGUUUAAGUGAACUGCCAGCGCUCAGUCAGGCUCCAGUGGCCGGAGCUGGGCUGCGAGGGCACCGAGGUCUGAACUCCGAGGCUCGGCCCAUCCUGGUCCCUUGGGGCUGGCCGGGUAGAGGCCUGGACUCAGACCCAAGCCUAACCUUGGAAAGGUCCCCUGACGGUUCUGGUCUCCUUGGCCACUUUCAGUGUGUCAGUUCGUUUUGAUUCGUUUUCUUUUUCUUUUUGUGCACAUAAUAAAUAAAUAAAUAAAUAAUAAUAAAUAAUAAUAAAUAAAUAAAAUUUUGUAUGUCA